AUGUCCCGGGCCCUCGACAAGGAGACGGUGGCCGCUCUGCAAUUGGGCGACCCCACAGCAGCCUACCGAGCCAUUGCGGGCGUCCUGACACAGCCGUCGUCGUCGCCGUCCGACGAACUCCUCGACAUUGAGUUCCUCGGCCGUGGUCAUACUCUUUCGGAUGUCCCGUCUGACGGCGACAGCAACAGCAACUUUUUCCUCCGUGACGGCAAUUCCGUGGCCAUCCUCAAGCUGGCCCUGGUGCAGGCCUUUUUCGUCGCGCGACGGAUCCUGCAGCAAUACCAAGGGACGACAGCAGCCAACGCUGACAAUGCCUCGACCUCACCCUCGUCCUUAGACGACAUCAUGGCGGCCACGGCCGUCAUCCUCCUCUUCGACCCCGAGCAUCUGACGGCCGCCAACACGCGCAAACGCAUCAUCCUAUCGUCGCACGCCGCCACCACCCGCGGCUUUCUCCUGGCAGCCGAGUGCCGUCUGGUCGACAGCCUGCUCACGAGCCACCUGCACCGACAUACCAAGUCGCCGACGCUUUGGAGUCACCGGCGUUGGCUCGUGGCGCUGCACGACCACCAAGCACAAGCGUGCCACCGUGACGUUGUCGACGUCAUCAUGGUCGCUGCCGUCCGCCACCCGCGCAACUACUAUGCCUGGGACCACGCCCGGUGGCUGGUGACGACGCUCCGAGGCGACGACGUCGAUGCGGCUGUCGCUGCUCUCCUGCCGCCCGUCCACGACUGGUGCUUCCGCCACCAUGACGACACCUCCGGCUGGUCCUUUCUGCUGUUCCUGCUGUCCAAGACCGUCGUGGUGACGGUUCUCGACGAGACGCUGUCCCAGGUGCUGCACAUGACCGCGUCGCUGCACUGGACGGGCGAGUCCGUCUGGGUCUUUCUACGCACGGCAGCAGCAGCAGCAGCAGCAGCAGCAGCCAACAGACAAGAGAAGACAGGGAUCUCGGACCCGACCGACAGCUGCGACCGCCUCCGACAGACGGCUCACGCCCUGCAGACCAGCACCGGCCUCGAUCCGCGGUCCCAGGACUGGAGGGUGCUGCAGCAGGCCCAGGACUGGUCGCUUGACCAGGCGGCCACAGGGCCACAGGGCCCAGGACUGCCCGACCACGCCACAGCGCCGCCAGAGCACCAGACUCUGGCAAGAUUUGGCGACAAAAUGGGGCAACCCAGCAGAGCCUGGCUGAGCCAUCGCGAUGGAAAAUCGGUCGUCCCAACACUCGUCACAGUCGGCGCAGUCACUGGAGUGGCUACUUACGUGCGCAGGCAGCUCAUGCGGGAGUCCCAGGCCUUCGACCGGUACUUCUCCACCUACAACACCCCGGAGAGCGAAGCAUCGCGGAAGCGUGUGUUCGAGGGCGCUUCUGAAGACCCGCGCACAAGUCUGAUGAACAUCCUGGGCUGGAAGAAGGAGUAG